GGUUUGUCUCUGGAUUUGUUUUCCGCCGGUCUGCCUUGCCGCUUUGUGCUUGAAAGUUUCCUUGUUGACCUCGUUGUCGUUGAAGUUACCAGGGUCUUUACUUCGUGUCUUUUUAUUUCCAACAUCGCUCACUGACACUCGUAAUCGUCAGGCACCUAUCCUCAUGACGCGAAAAGUUAUUGUAGUGGCGGACAAAGCAGAUCUGCAUUCCCGUCUCAAAGAUUUGAUUCAAGAAGUUGCCGAUACCUUCGUUUCGUCGGGAAAUGAGUUCCUUAAAGUCGGUGUUUCUGGUGGUAGCAUGCCUGGCAUGCUCGCGCAAGUACUUCCUGGUGUCAAAACGGUUUGGAAGAAGUGGCGGUUUUUCUUUUGCGACGAAAGGCUUGUUCCGAUUGAAGAUGCUGAGAAUACUUACGGCAGCUACAAAGCACUGCUUGCACCGAAACUGUGUUUGACAGAGGAACAAUUUGUGCUUGUCAACACAUCACUGCCGCCAUCUGAAGCGGCUCAGAAGUACUCCGAAAAGCUGAAAGAAUACUUCAAGACUGUCCCCAAGUUCGACCUGUUGCUGUUGGGAAUGGGCCCGGAUGGACAUACUUGUUCCCUGUUUCCUGGACACAAGCUGCUUGAGGAGAAAACCAAGUGGGUGGCUGACAUAACAGAUUCUCCAAAGCCUCCUCCAUGCAGAGUGACUCUCACUUACCCAGUCAUCAAUUCUACAAAGCUGGCUAUAUUUCCAAUUGCUGGUGUUGAAAAGGCUGCCACUGUAGCUAAAGUGCUUCACCCAAUGGAAGGGGAGCCGCGCCUUCCAGCAUCUCUGGUUGAGCCCACCGAAGGCGAUGUCGUCUGGCUUUUGGACAGCGGCGCCGCUAGCCAGCUACCCAAAUGAUUCCUCUUCGUGGCACUAUUGCUUUUCAUUAUUUAAUGUGCCUAAAUUGUGCCUGAUAGAUAGCCUUCAUGUGUGCACCUCCGUCUUGCGGGGGCGUGCGCAUGAAGGCUUUCUAGUGCCUGAAAGCUGGGAAGUAUAAGUCUUACAAUAAAUAUUUUGCAUUAAAUGUUUUUUUUUUUUCGUACGUUGUUGUGUGAAAGAAAAGAGCAGGGUUGUUCAUCUUAUCUGUCUCAGAAUCCAGAUUUGGCACAACAAAUGGUGCAACCUUCCAAGCGAUGUUACUGGUAAAUGUAGAAAGCAGAUAGAUCUACAAUACAUCUAGCACACGUCGACCACUACAAGGUUAUAUGCAACCAGGUUAAACAUUACCAGACACUGCUGUUACUGCAUUUGCUACAGCUGCCAACUGCUUGAAAUAUUUUUUUUCCUAUCACUGCGCAUGAAUAAUGAAACUUUUCAGCGCAUUUCUGUUGUUUCUUUAUUUAUCUGUUUUAGCUACUUGGACUUAUACCACACGCCCAAUAUAUUGUAUAAAAUGGCAGUACUUAUGAAUAAAAAUCAGGAGAUCCC